AUGUCUUUUCUGGAAGUUUUGAAGCCACUUGCGGUUGGCGUAGACCAUGUGACAAGAAGACACGUGGAACUAUUCGUGAACGAGUUCAUAGAGCAGAUAACUGAGGCUGCUGAGAAGAGCUUUUGCCCCUCGGGCCGCUUCACGGGCGCCAGAGACUGGCUGCGCGACAGUGUUUGGGAGGUGUCGUUCGACGAAUGCGUACUGGGUCAGCUCUUGCGGGGUUUAGCUUCCCUGGGGAACGAGACCCACUUAGCGGUGCUUGAUCUGCUCCUGAAGCUGGGGCUCUUCGAUCUCGAGGAGCUUUUCAAGAAGACGCUUGCGAAGUUUGGCAGAAAGUGUGCUGUGAGUUGCGGUAUGGCGGAGGACAGUGAGGAGGCCGAGUGGUUUGUAAGCAAACUGGGCCCAUCAGUGGGAGAGCUGAACCAAGAGGACAGGGAUUGGAUUCCUCCUGUGUUCAUGAAAAGGCUCCUGACUCGCUAUGUGGAGGCGCCGGCGCAAAAGCCGUCCUGUUAUACGAUUCGCGGGCUUGAACAGUACCUCUACGCUUGGAAGGGUAUCAGUGUCUGCGACUUCGGGGAAUUUUGCGAAGCUUUAACCGCGCUAAGGUCAACACCCCGAACUCACACCGACCGUCUGUUCGCGGCCCUGUGCCUGCUCAACGCUGAGCAGAUUGUCGCCGAACCGGGCGCGGUGGAUGCUAUCAUGCAACACGUCCAGUUGCAGCGGGUAACGUCGACGUGGUAUUUGAGGAGGGCCGCCGAGUGUGCUGCCCUGAAGCCAGACUUCCAGAAAAAGAUACGUGAAAGAAACAAAUAUCUUGAGAACAACUUGAGGAGACAAAAUGAGGAAUAUGCGAAACGAUUUGGAGGAGAAAAUAAGUCAAGUAGGGUCUAG